CUCGCUUGUAGUACCCAGUAUGGCUCUAACUACAGUAGAGUAGAGCAAUGAGAGCAGUCGGCUCAGGCAUGGGGAACGAUAGAGCACGCGUAAGGGAAUCGACGCCGGAGUUGUGAUGUAAGCUGCGGGUUUCCGGCGGUCAAGGAAGUGGCGUUCCAGUGAAUUGCUCAACGCUUUUAGGGAGCUAAUACCAGAAACACGAACACGAUGUCAGCUCGCUCCCUGUACUGCUCAAACUUCAAUGGCGUAUUAUGCUAGUAGUGGCAAUGAUGGCUGCUGCGGACGACCAAUCAGAGCACGCCACGUUGUCAGCGGAGAACAGACGACCCGCAGCGGGAAGGAGUAACUGCUAGGGCGGAGAUUAAUUUCCGUUGUGCUGACGAAGCGCGUGGGAAGGAGGAAGGUCCUAAGGACGACCGCGAGUAAGGAAAACGCGGAUUCUAGGUUUCUCUUUAAGGAUAAGGCGGUAGCCACGGCUGGCGGUGGGUCCUCGUUAGAGUCUCAGGAAGGAUGCGAGGAUAUAGGUGUCCGAAGACAUGCUUAUAUCGGGGAUGGCGAGAGCAGUCACGGAGUUGGAAGGUCAGGAGGAGGAGGAGAGGGAUGCGGGACGGGUACCGAAGUCGGAAACGAUAAUUUGAGAAAACCGAAGAUCAUGACGGAUAGUGGGAGCGCAGAGAAAGAGAAGAAUGACUCGCUUACUCAGCUGGGGGAAGAGCAGCAGCAGGAUCGGAUGCAGAGUGAGGAGGAGCAGCAAGUGAGGGAAGAGCAGCGGCAGCAGCAACAGGCACAUCUGCACCUGGACGAUAGUCUGUUAGGCCUCCAGCACAGGCCUUCGGGCGUUGCUCCGUGGUCUCACAGCACGGCUCACGGCCGAGCUACUGGUCCCUUAGAGGACCCAAACAGGCUGGAUGUGCAACCAGGUGGUACCAGUCCUUCAGGCCUCCUGCACAGGCCCUUGGGCCUUGCUUCACGGUCUCACGGCACGGCUCAGGGCUUAGCUGUGGGUCCCUUAGGGGAACCAGACAGACUGGAUGCGCAACUAGGCGCAGUAACAAGAGAUAAGGUGGUAACCAGAGACACGGUGGUAACCAGGGACAUGGUGGUAACCAGAAACACAGUGGCAAUCAGAGACACGCCUCUGGGAGGCCCAGGCACCACCGGUGGAUUUAACAGCGCAGAUCUGACGGCGGGGAUUGAGCCAGACCAUCUCCAUCCAACAGAGAGGAAUGGCCGAGGAGAGAGUCAGAGGCCGGCCAGGAGAGGUCAUGGGAUUGGUGGGAGGCUGGCGAGGGCAGGAGGCGAGGGGCUUGGAGGGAGAUCAACGAGAGUAGGCGGGGCGGGGGGAUGGCUCGCUGUGCACCUUGCUGCUGCUGGGCUAACGCCAAACGCCGGACUAACUCCACCUGCUGCUGCUGCGGCUCCUUCUCCUGCUGCUGCUGCUGCUGCGGGUGCUCCUGCGCCUGCUCCUGCUCCUGCUGCGGGUGCUGCUGCUGUCGCGGCGGCUGCUGCUCCUGGGGGUGGUGCCGCCGGUCGGUUUGUAGAAGGAAGAGAGGAGGCUCUGCUGGUGCCUGCGUUACACAGUGGGUUACACAGUGGGUUACACAGUGGGUUACACAGUGGGUUAUAUAGUGGGUUGCACAGUGGGAGUGGGGGGACAGGUGGGACUGAGGAUAGGAUCUUAGGCCAGUCAGAUUCUGAUGACCGACUUCCAGUAGGGGUUCUCCUGCCACGUCAGCAGCAGCAUACUGAUCGGCAUCAGCAGGAGCUGCCACGUCAUCUGCAGCUGCCAGCUCAUCACCAGCAGCUACCGAGUCAGUUCCCACAACCCUGGCACAUGUGGCACGACCAGCACCAUCACCGUCAUCAUCACCAUCUCAAUCAUGAUCCCCCUCAGCGGCAGCAGAACCACCACCAUCAAGAGCAGGAUAAUCACUCUCAUAACCAUUUUCUGCAGCAGCAGUUGCAGCAUCGGUUGCAGCAGCACCACCAAUUGCAACAGCGCCUGUUGCAGCAGCACCAACAGCAGACUCAGCAGCUUUACCAGGAGCAAGGGGGAAGGGGAGGAGAAGAGGUGGAGGUGGAGGAGGAGGAAGAGGAGGAGGCUGUAGCAGGGUUUAGUCAGGAGGAGCGGUGUGAAUGGGUGGGUAGGAGAGGAGUUGGGCUGCUUUGGCGGAGGGGAGGCAGAGGAAGGGGAGGGGAAGAGGUGGAGGUGGAGGAGGAGGAGGAGGAGGCUGUAGCAGGUUUUAGCCAGGAAGAGCGGUGUGAAUGGGUGGGUAGGAGAGGAGCUGGGGAAGGGGAGUGUAGACAAGAGGAUGAGGGAAGAGCAGGAGAAGGAGACGGGGGAGGAGGAGGAGAAGGAGGAGGAGCAAGAGGAGGAGGAGGGGGGGAGACAGAACAAUUUUCUCUCUGGAGAUCCACAGGAAGAAACCGAGCCAAGCCAGACGCAGGCUCGGCAGGAGGUCCGGGUCUAGGCCUGGAACUUGGUCUGGGAAUAGACCUGGAGACAGGUGCGGGGGGGUUUCAGGCAGAAGGGACGAGUGCAGAAUGGAGAAACCCGCGGGUAAUUAGUGCUGUGGAUUUUCCUGCACCUGCUACAGCUGCUAGGGGUGGACUUGCGUCCGUUUCUGCUGCUGUGGCUGCUCGUGUUUCCUCGCCCACUUCUACUGUAGCAGCUGGGGUGUCUGUCUCGUCCCCUGCGUCCUCCCUUGCCUCUCAGCUGCCUUUCUUGGGGCGUGGGUCGUCUUUGCAUGGGCCGGAGUGGGGUAGAGAGGUGAGAGAAGGGAGGGAAAGGAGGAGUGGGAGAGGGGGGAGGGAGGGUAGGGAAGUGAGGGAAGAGAGGGAAGAGAGGGGCGGGGAAGUAGAGAAGGAGGAGAGGGAAGGAUGGGACGAGCAACAACAACAUGAGCAGCAGGAAGCACGGGCAGAGGAAGUGGGGUUGGCGUGCUUGCAGCAAGACGAAUAUGCCCAGGUGCAGCAGCAGACACAGCAGCAGCAGCAGCCGCAAAGCCAGCCACAACAGCAGGAGCAGCAGAAGCAUAAGCAGCAGGGGGAGUCAGACCAACAAACACAUCAAGCGGGGCUCAUAGGGGCACAAGCGGGGUUGACCAGGGCACAAGUGCGGUUGACUGCGGUUGAAGCACGGGUGACAGGGGCACAAGCAACUAUUGUCACUCCACCGCACAUGGGAGGUCCCUCUGCCGCUUUGACGUCACUCCCCCAAACCUUACCUCGAGGAUUGGGCCGAACCACGGACGGGUUCGGUGCCGAACCUCGGGCUCUGGCAAGCACAGCAACUGGCCGGGAUCUCUCUCCUCUGCUACCUCGGAACGAAGGCAAGGAGAGUGUUGGGGGGGCUUUUAGAACUAAUGCUUUUAAAGGAGGUGUUUUUAAAGGGGGUGGUUUUAAAGGGGGGAGUUCUACUCCCAGCGGGCAGUGGUUUGCCCGGCUCAUCAAGCCGAAGGUUCCCGUGGUUGGGAAUAGGAUGAUAGAGAGGGGAGAGGAGAGGGGGGCGGAGGGUGAAAAGAAGAUUGGAGGUAGGCUCGGGGGCCAAGGGGUCGGGAGUGAGCAGCCUAGGAUUUUAGGGUUUCCAUUUCAGACAGCUCCGCAACAGCAACAUCAGAACCAGUCGCAGCAGCAGCAGGAGCAGCAGCAGCAGCGAAGGUGCGGUGAGGAGGCAGAACCGAGCAGGGCAGGAGGGUGGAGAAGAGGAGCAGGUGGAGCGCAGCAGCCAGGGGUCGACGGAGGGGGGGAUGGGAGGAGAAGGACUCAAGAACCAAGUGAAGUACAAGGAGCAGAAAUCCGUAGAUCUCCAAGCCCGCUAACCGUCCUUCAGUACCAAAGGUUCUCCUCAUCGGUUAAAGGUGGAUCUGGAGCAGCAGCAGCAGCAGCAGCAGCAGCAGCAGCAAUAGGAAUACCCAUGCCGGGAGCAGCUAUCCCAGGGGCAGCAAUGUUAGGAGCACUUGUGCCAGGAGCGGCUACGGUGGGAGCAGUUAUGCCAGGAGCGGCCACACUGAGAGCAGCCGGAAACCCUAACCCUAAUUUGAGGCCCUUGACAAACCCUAAUUUUGCCUCAAGCCCUUGGUCGAAUCCUAACCCUAAUCUCAACCCUUUGCGAAACCAUAAUUUGAGUGCUGGGCUUGACGUGGGCAGGGAGGCAGUUAGUGCCGGCGUUGGUGCGAGUGCAGUGAUAGGCGGGGCUGCUGCUGCUGCUGCUGCUGCUUCGGUCCGUGCUUCUAUUCGCCCGUCUGCUGCGGCUGCUGGUGCUGUUGCUAGGGCAGCGGCUGGUAUGGAAGUGCUCCCAGCCGUUUCCAUACCUGAUGCAGCAGGUUCGGCAAUCCACGCACCUGCAGGCUCGGACUCCCUUGUUGCGGCAAGUAGAUGUGUGGGCGGGCCAGUGGCAGUAGGGAAAGGCGGGUGGAGGGCGCGUGGGAGGUGGCAGAGGGACAGCGAAGGAGAUGAGAGGGGGGAGGCAGGGGAAGCGGCGGGUGAGGCAGAAGGGCCAUAUGCUGCAGGAGUAGUGAGGAGUGAGUGGAAGGGGGAGGCAGAAGGGCCGUAUGCUGCAGAAGCAGUGAGGAGUGAGAGGAAGGGGGAGGCAGAAGGGCCGUAUGCUGCAGAAGCAGUGAGGAGUGAGAGGAAGGGGGAGGCACGGGAGGCAGACCAUGUGAGAGAGGCGCAUAUAGAGCUGCAGUUUGCUAAGGAAACUCGGGUAGGUGAAGCAGCAGGAUUGCAUGAUUGCCUGGUGGGAACCGACGUAGGCAGGGGGGGCAUGAGGGGCGUGGGGGAGUGUGCAGCGGGAUUGCGGGAUAAAAUGCAGGAUAAAAUGCAGGAUAAAAUGCAGGAUAAAAUGCAGGAUAAAAUGCAGGAUAAAAUGCAGGAUUGCCUGGGGAGAACGGGCUAUUUGAGGUAUGGAGUGACUGCUGCUGGGAUGGCGAUUGAAGGGGGCCGUAAGGAGGGGUUAGGAGGGAGGGAGGGGAUGGGCGGGAGGGAUGGUGUGGGAGGAUUGUUGGAUUUGCGGUUGGGGAAGGAAAGGGAAGUGCACGAUGUGAGGGAGAGAGAGAGCGAGAAAGGGGAUGGAGGACUGGAAAGAGAGAGAGAAGGCGGGAGAGAGCAGGGUAGAGGAAAGAGAGGGCGGGAGGAGAGUGACUGGGGUCAGAGGGAGAGGGGGGAUCAGAGGGAGAGGGGGGAUCAGAGGGAGCCUUCUAGGCAGGAGAGAGACGAGGGGAGAGGGAAGAGACGAGGGCAUAGAGGGGUGAGAGACGGUGAGAGAACAGAAAAGGAUAGAGAGAGGAGGAUAAGAGAUAAGGAGAAGGCAUCCGUGGGGGGGUUGCUAGAAGGGGAGAGUUCUGCCAAGCUGGAGGCGCUGCGAUUGUGGCGGCAAGAGGCUGCCAGGUGGCGCGAGGAGAUUGGCCGGCAGGAGCGGAGCCUAGGGCUUGUAGGGAAGGGCGUGGGGAUGUUGGGUGGGGGGAGAGGGGUUAGAGAGGGAGGAGGAGAAGGGGAAGGUAAAGGGGGUGGAAGAGGAAGGGAGGAAGGCAAUGGUAGGUCAGAAGGAAGAGAGGGAGAGGAAGGACGAGAAGGAGCACGAGAAGGCAUGGAGACUGGCACUGCUGCUGCUGCUGCUGCUGCUGCUGCUGCUGAUGCUGAUGCUGCUGUUCCUGAUGCGGCUGCUGCUGUUCCUGGUGUUGCUGCUGCUGCUUCUGCUGCUGCUGAUGCUGCUGUUCCUGGUGCUGCAGCUGUUAUUUGUGCUGCUGCUGCUGCUGCUACUGGCGCUGUUGCUGUCACUGGUGCUCUUGGCCCCCCACCCCCCGUCACCACCCCCAGGUGCAUGCUUCCCAUUCUUGAAAUCGGUUACCUGGCCCUCGGCCAUUCCCUCACCGGGUCCUCCCCCCGCUGUGACUUCUGCGGCCUGCCCGGCCACACCCUGUUGACUUGCGCUGAAACGCUUGACUCUGAGACCUCUGCUCUGAUUGGCCGGCUGGCUGCCAAGGGGGAUGUGGAUAGGGGGGUGGAGAGGUGGAAGAGGAAGCGAGAGGAGGAGAGGAGAGAGGAGGAGAGGAGGGGCGGGAAGAGGAGAAGACGGGGAGAGGGAGGUGGGGAGGAGGGGCGAGGAGAGAGGGGGAAGAGGGCCGUUGGCGCUAUAGAAUCUGCAGGAGGUCUAGGGAGACUAGACGGGAUAGGGGGGGUUGAGGAGGGGUUGGGGGAAGCUGGGGAUUUUGGGGUGGUUGCAAGUAUAGCAGGAAUUGGUUCGUAUCUGCCAUAUGGGGCAUCUCGUCCCUCUUCCGUUCCGCCUGCGCUGGCAAGGGCUCUGGGCUUAAAACGAGGACUGGGUGUACCGAACAGCAACAGCGAAAGUGCGGGGCGUAUGUCGAGUUGUGGGGGAAACAGUAACGUGCUUAUGGGUGCUCUUGUUAGUGGAGCAGGUGCGCCUGGGGGAGGUAUUAUCGGGACUCCACGUGAAUUGUUGUUGGGAGAAAUCACUAACGCAUCUGUGGGUGCUCUUGUUAGUGGGGCAGGUGCAGCUGGGGAAGGUGUACUUCAGCAAUCAGGGAUACGGGCAGCAGGAGCAGGAGGGGUGUUCUUAGCACCGCAUGACUUGUGGGUUGUUGGAGGAGUAGGAAGUCGGGGAGCAGGGAGGCAGGGGGAGGUGAGAGAGGAGAGGGGAAGAGAAGAGGUAUAUGCUGCUGAUGGUGCUGGUGGUGCUGGUGCUGCUGGUGAUCAUGGUGGUGCCGCUGCUGCUGCUGGUGCUGGUGGUGCUUGUGAUUAUGGUGGUGCUGCUGCUGCUGAUGAUGGUGAUGGUGUUGGUAGUGGUGGUGUGGCCGCUGAUUAUGAAGAGGCAGCAGGAGGGGAGGAAGGUGAAAGGAAGGCUUGGAAUAACAGUAAGGAGUCUCGGAGGGCGUAUGGGGGGGUAAGCAGUCUGGCAAAGGAUGUAGAAGGAGAAUGUGAGGUGAAAGGGGUGGAGGGUGUUUUUGAAGGGUGUAAUUCUCAAAAGCACCCUUCAAAGGAUGUGGAAGGAGAGUGUGAGAAAGGGGAGGAGGAUGGCAAGGGGGGAGGGAAGGAGCUGGGGAAGGGAGGAGCGGGGGGUUGCAGUGAGAAUGGAGAGUUGCCUGGUGAGGCAGGGGCUGCUUUUGAGGCGCCUCCAAAGCGAAAGGGAGGAGCGGGGGGUUGCUGUGAGAAUGAGGAGUUGCCUGGUGAGGCGGGGGUGGACAAAAGAGAGGGCGAGCAGAUGGAGGAGAUUGAAGAGAAGGGUCCGGAGGAGAGAGGGAAUGGCGACAGGAAGGCAGGGGAGAGUAAUGGGAAGGAAGACGAGCUGGUGGGGAAAGGCCGGGGAGGAGAGAGAGGAGAAGCGAGAGAGGAAGGGGAGGAUUUGCAAGAGAGGAAGGAAAGAGAGGAAGCUAGUGAAGGGGACCAAGAGAUGGAGAGAGGAGAAGAGGCAGAAAGAGAUGAAGCGGUGGGAGAAGCCAGGGAUGAUGGGCCUACGCCCGUGUGCCUGUGGUGUCUGGCAGAAGGCCAUUGGGCGGCGGAGUGUGCUGACCUGGCGAGGACCCGGGUGAAGCACGCAACCAGUAGCAGGGAGACUGGUGGCAGGGACACAGCUGGCACGGGCCGAGCAACCACUGGCACUGGAAGGGACACCAUGGGUACAGGGAGGGAGACUACUGGUACGGGGGUUGGUACGGGGGUUGGUACUGGGGUUGGGACUUCGCUGACUGGGCCUGGGACGUGCAGGGAGGUGUCGAAUACAAUGACGCUGAGGGGGAUGGUGUUAUCAGGCAGGGAAGCAGUGGGAACGGGCAGGGAAACAGUGGGAAGAACAGUCAAGGCAGGAGCACCAGCAGCAGAGGCAGGAGAAGCAGCAGCAGAGGUAGAGGCAGCGGCAGCAGCAGAGGGAGGAGCAGCAGCAGGAGAAGGAGCAAGAAGAGCAGAAGCAGAGGCAGGGGAAGGUGCAGUGGUGGGAAUAGAUACGUGCAUGCUAGAUGAUUUUGACGGUGACUCAAGGCAGGAUGCCAGGGGAGGUCAAUCAUUUGUACAGGCACCUGGCGCUGUUUCAUGGGACUUGGACUUGGAGCCAGUGGCAGAGCAAACAGCCACAGCAGCUGUAGCAGUAGAAAGUUUUGUCGGUGCCAAAAGGCGGGAAGCCAGAGCAGAUAGAGCAUCUCUACAGGCACCUGGUGCUGAUUCUUGGGACUUAGAACCAGUGGCAGGGCAAGCAGACGUCGCAGCAGCAGUAGGAGCGGCAGCAGCAGUAGGAGCGGCAGCAGCAGUAGGGACAGCAGCAGAAGCAGGGCCGGCAGCAGCAGGGGCAGCUGCAGAGGUAGCAGUAGAGACAGCAGGAGAGGCAGCAGGAAGAAGUGCAGCAGCAGGCGCGUCGCCAGCUGCAGCGCACAGACCCACAGGUGCAGCAGGAGCAGCUCGGGCAACAGGGGAGGCCGUUUUUGAGAAUUCUCAAAAACACCGAGCAACAGGGGAGGCCUGCAAGUCCAUGGAAGCGCCUGACCAAGGGAAAGGAGAGGCGGGCACGAGGAAUGUGGCUCCGGGAGAGGGAAAUGCACGGGCAGAUAUGCCCUGUUCCUCUGCCCUGCUCCCAGGCUGGUUUGCCCUCUUUGACCUGAGUCCCACUUGCAGCACCGCACAGGGGGGCAGCAGCCUGCCCCCUGGCCUGCUCGCCUCCAUAGAAUCGUUGCGGCUCUCCCGAAGGGACGUUGUCCAGAUUCAAAGCCAUCCAGGUGUCAGGGCGCGAGUGGUUGGCUUCUUCCUCCGCCUCCGCUUGGGCAAGAGGGAGGAGGAUCUGGGCGGCACUGGUUACCGCAUGGCCAAAAUACUAGGUGUCGUGCGCAAGCAAGCCGUUGAAUCCUUACCCUCGUCCGCGGACUCUGCUGGAAUGGCGCUUUCUGUAGAUAUGGGUGACGGGGAAUACACGGUAGACGGCCAUUACGUCUCCAACAAGCCUUUCCUCGAGGUUGAGGUUCUAGAGUGGUGUAGAAAGAUAUGGCUAAAGGGUGGAGCUGCGUUGCUUGCUCCCAUCCUCUCUUCAAAGGAUAUGGAGUCCAAGAUUUGUGAGAGACGCAGCUGGAGCUGAAAGAGGGAAGCACUAACAGCAUGGAAGUAUGAGCAUACAUCAUUUCAACAUGUGAUUCCAAUCUGUUUUUGCUUUGUUGCUUGUUUUUAUCAUGUAUUGUUUUUCCACUAGAAAGGGUGGAAGGGUGGUUCUAUUC